GUACUGACAGUGGUUGGUGACAUCACAGAUCAGAAGACCAGGGAGGAACUUAUCAACAGAACCGUGGAAAAAUUUGGAAAGAUAAACAUUUUGGUGAAUAACGCUGGUAUAUUCGCUCCCUGCCUCAUCAAAGAUAUCGAAGAAAAGGACAUAGACUUUCUGUUCGACCUCAAUGUGAAGUCAGUGGUGAUGCUAACGAGGCUGGCGGUUCCUCACUUGUUGAAGGCCAAAGGAAACAUUGUUAAUAUUUCCAGCGUUGCCAGCACAAUACACAAUUUGGAGCCCAAGGAAUUAGGGUGAAUUCUGUCAAUCCUGGGGCUGUGAAAACACCGACAUUUUCCCGCGCUGUUGGCGGGGACCCUGACUUAUUGGAAAAGUUAUAUGACGCACAAGCCAAGUUCCACGCCCUGCAGAGAAUGGGCGAGACAGACGAAGUGGCGGAGACGGUAGCAUUCCUGGCCUCUGAUGCCGCGAGUUUCGUCAGUGGCACCACCCUCUACGUGGAUGGUGCCAGGCGCGCUAUGGCUGGUAUGACCGCGUCCUAGGGUUGGGUCCCCGGUGUAAGAAUUCUUUCAGUGUAAGAUGAGAUGAGAUGAGAUGAGGUGGGAUGGGAUGAGAUGAGGUGGGAUGAGAUGAGAAGAGAUUAAAUAAGAUGGGAUGGGAUAAGAUGAGAUGAGACGAGAUGGGAAGAGAUGAGGUGAGAUGAGAUAACAUUUUCUUGAUCUCCACUCACAUACUUACACACACAGACAUACACACUUGACGUCUAGACUAGACGGUUUAGUGGUAAAAUUAAAGUAAAGCCCCCCCCCCCUCCCCUCCCCCAAUACUCAUACAUUUUGGAACAAUUUAUUGGCCUAGUGAGCAACUUCAGGGGUCACCGUGGAGGUCACAGACGGGUGGCAGCCUGUGUUGCGGACAAAAGCCCAAAGAGCAAGUCUUAGUACCGUAUCUUGGUAGUAGAGAAUCUUUGGCAGGACCGCACCGAAUUGCAUGAAUAGCAAAGUAUACUUGCGUGUGGUGUGUAUAGC